ACCCUCUCGCUGUGGCGUCGCUCAGUGAAUAUCUUGGCGCCGCUGUUUGUGUGUAUCGGCACGGAGGCGCCGAUAAUAAAGGCGGGUAUAAACCCGGGGAAAUCUGCGUCUCCGCGCUGUUUAUUCACUCUUGUGACGACCCCCAUGUGUCGGUGAGCUCCCGUCCGCGGCGUCUUUCGCUCCAAUGGCUUGAAAGCUCGGGGAUCGGUCUCGCCGUGCCUUGUAGUUCAGAGAGGCCUGACAGCUCCAGCAUGGCUCCGGGACUGUGGGCCGUGGCGGCGGCCGCGCUGCUGCUGCUGCUGGCGGGCCCGGUCGGCGCCUCGCAGGGCGACAAGGAGCCGGUGUACCGGGACUGCGUGAAGCAGUGCAGCCGAACCAACUGCACCGGAGCCCGGCUUAGGGGCUUCCAGUCCACCCAGCCUCCGUACAUGGCGCUGACAGGCUGGACGUGUCGCGAUGACUGUCGAUAUCAGUGCAUGUGGACCACAGUGGGGUUAUACCAGGCUGAAGGCUACAGGGUACCACAGUUCCAUGGAAAGUGGCCGUUUGCACGGUUCCUGUGUUUUGAGGAGCCGGCGUCAGCGUUAGCGUCUCUGCUGAACGGCCUGGCCUGCCUGCUAAUGCUGCUCCGCUACCGCAGCUCCGUCCCCCGCCAGAGCCCCAUGUACCACACCAUCACCGCCUUCUCACUGGUGUCCCUGAAUGCCUGGUUUUGGUCUACAGUAUUUCACACCAGAGACACGUAUCUAACUGAGAAGAUGGACUAUUUCUGUGCAUCAGCGGUCAUCCUCUACUCUAUCUACCUAUGCUGUGUCAGAACGCUGGGUUUGCGGCGGCCGGGGGUGUCCAGUAUGGUGGGAGUUCUGCUCAUCCUUGCCUUCACUUCCCACGUCUCCUAUCUCACCUUCGUCAGCUUCGACUACGGAUACAACAUGGCUGCUAACGCCACUAUAGGCAUGAUAAACCUGCUGUGGUGGCUGGGCUGGUGCUGGCAGAAUCGGAGGACGCUGCCCUACUGGUGGAAGUGUGGAGUGGUGGUGGUGCUGCUCCAUGGCCUGGCCCUGCUGGAGCUCCUCGAUUUCCCACCACUCUUCUGGGUGCUGGAUGCGCACGCCGUCUGGCACCUGAGCACUGUACCCGUCCACUUCCUCUUCUACAGUUUCCUUAUAGACGACAGCCUCCACCUCCUCAACACAGAGAAGAUCGGAGUCAAGCUGGAAUAGGAGGAGCCGGUCUCAGAGCCCCGCCCCCUCCUCUCAUCUCCUUCCAGUCUGGACAAGCGGGAGCCGGAGUGGGAUGGGUCUCGAUCUCCGUGGUCGCCUGCAUGACUCCCGUGGCCGACUUUAGGAAUUCCAUUUGAGUUUGUUUGUUUGUUUGUUUGUUUACACUCCAGCUUUUUACUGAAUUUCUGUGUUUUACUGUAGACAGUUGAGGGAUUUUACUUUUCUUUUUUUUUUCCUUUCUAUCUUUCUUUUUCUUUAUUUCUCUCUCCCUCCCACAUGGUGUCUGAUAGGGACUUGAUUGAUGUCUGCGUCUGCUGAGCUUUGCCUUGAAGCUUUGAAGCUUCAGCGUGGAGAUGCAGUUAUGGAGUCUAGCUUGAGCAUUUUUUGGUGUCCGUGGUGGACGUUGGAAUUCAGGAGGGGUUUUACUGUAGUGAAAAGUCCCGUGUUGUGUCCUUGGGGUCUGAGGCCCCCCCUUACGUGGUUUGGAUGUCCUCAGGGUGCAGUGCCAGCAGCUGCCAGCAGAGGGCAGACGAGUUCUUCUGCUUCGGGAAGCUUUGCAUUGUGGGCCCACAGAAUCUAGUUAGCAGAUAUUCAACUGGUUCAAUUGGGAACAAGCCAACUUAAACUCUUUGAUUAUCUGUGGGGGACCCUUGAUAUCUUUUUAAUAUUAAAGUGUGGAGGCUAGAAUUAUGGUUUAUUUAUAUUACACAUGCUCUACCAGUGCCCUUCCAUAUAAGACACAAACCUGAGUGCUAAUCAUGAGCGGAUGACUGGAGCCUGAUUUGCGAGGAGAGCGAACAAGACUUUUUUUUUUCUUUGCUUGUGACCUUUUUGCCUUUAAUUUGAGUUUUGCUUUGCCACUUUAAUUUGGUGUUUAUUCCAUUGCUGCUUUUUGUGCCCUUGAGUUUUCACUCUAUUCUUUACUGUUUUUUACACUGUUGUGCUAUUCUUCUUUUUUUUUUUUUUAAAUCAGCUGAUCAUGAAGUGCUUUUAUUUUGUUUUAUUUUACCUGGAAUGCCUUUAGAGGAGAAGGUGAAAGAAGGAUAUGUUAAUAUAUGUGGAAUAUAUUGUGUGUGUGUGUGUGUGUGUGUGUGUGUGUGAUUGAGUGAAUGAAUAUAUAAAUCUAUGCGUCAGUGCAAUACGCUUUUAACUCCACUCUUUUUUGCUCUACACACUCACCACACAGCCGUACCCUCGCUGAUCACCACAGUCAGUAGGGAUUCUGAUUGGUCUCUCCAUCUCCCUCCGCCCACAUGUGUACUCUUCUGUAGCAGCUGUUGGACAAGCUUUGUUGAAUAUUUGCUAAAAUCACAAUCAAAAGUAUUAGAAACAGUAGGGAUCAUUUACAUCUAACUGUAUAUUACUUGUUUUGAAUAAUAGAUACAUUUUUUCGUUUGUAAAAUCACAUUGAAGCUGCUUUAAUACUAAAUACUAUAUAAUUAGUAAUUUGUGUCACUUUGCAAAAUGGGUGUAACCAAAUCUGAACUGACAACUGGAAACUUUUAUUUUUGUGUGAUUUGCCUGCGGGCUAAUUGCUAAACAUACAGUACCUCUAAAACAAUGCACCAGAGUUAAUGAACAUUAAUGCAUAAACUCAAUUACCUAAUACCUAAUAAUGUGACUUGUGUGUUUAGUAGCAGUGGACUGGUGAGAGGAGCUGCAUCAUGGGGAAGCUUUAAUAGCAGGUUAAGCUGAAAAGCUCUCCUUAUUACAUGUAAUUUUAACCAGCAAAUCAGUAAAACCAGACUGAAACUAAACCGGAGUGACCCAUCACAUACGGCUCUAAAGUAUUAAACUUAAGUGUGCCUUUAGUCUGUGCUGGAGGAACGUCCACACGUUAGCUGUGCUCCUGUUCGCUGUGCUGAAUCUCAGUAAACCGGCGAGUGCAUUAUUAAACAGUGCAGGAGGAAAUACAGUAACACUGCUAUUCAGAGCUGGAUGUGAAGAACAGUGACUGUUAAUUGACUGCUAAUUGCUUGCUAACAUUCAGGUGAGAUUGUGAAAAAGGUCUAACAUAUUCAGUAAAAAAACAAUUACACGAGAUCAAAGGGCUGGCGGUAAUUUGCUAUCAAUAUUUGUGAUAAAAUACUAAAAUAAAGAUGACUGUUUUUUCAUAGAACAGUUAGCAUCACCAUUGAGCCGUUAGCCAGCUCCAUGUAGACCAACCAUCUUUAAGACAACAUUGAGCUGCUAGCUGCAUUCCAGUGUUCUGGGGUUAUUAACUAAAGACUGGAGUCAACUAUAGUCAUAAUCCACCUAUCAUAUCAAGCCACAGAACCUACCAAUCUAACCAGCACAGUGCCAUCCAUCUGUUAUCAAAUGCCACCAUUAAAGAGCCACUAAACCCUAAACCAUAUUUUUCUAUUAAUAGCUGAAUUGUGUUCCUUAGAAGUAAUUUAAACAAACCAGCCCCCCCCCCCCCCCCAAUUCCGCCUCUGUGCUAUAGGCGUGGAUAAUGUUUCUAUUUACAAAUGUGAAACCAUUUAAAAUAAAAAUUAACAGGCUUUAUUGCUAAGAAGUAUUGUUACAACAAAAAGAAAUAAUCUAUCAAACACUAGGGCUGCAACGAUUAGUCAAUAUAAUCGACAAUGUUGAUUGUUUAAAUUUGUCGACCACAAUUUAAAUUGUUGAUUAAUUGUUCAUUUGUAACAGUACCGCCUUACACAAAAUGCUGGGGACAGAAGCACAAUUGGAGAUGGAUAAAUGGCUCACUCACACAGUUUACACUCAACUCUGUCUGUCUCCAAAAGUGCCCAAACUCAACAGAUUACAUAUUUACUCAUUAAAUAUCAGUACUUUCUACAAUUAAACAACAUCUAGACCUUUAAAUGCCUUUAAAAUUUGAUCUUCAGCUGUUUCUAUCAUUUUUAGAGAUGGAGGACAUGGCAGAAACAAUUGUUGACUAAUCGACUAAUUGAAAAACUAAUUAUUAGAUUAGUUGACUACUAAAAUAAUCAUAAGUUGCAGCUCUACCAAACACAAAUAUCCGUACUUUUUUGUGCUACAUAUAUAUAACAUUCUGUAAAGCUUGUCCAGCAUCUAAUAAGCUAGCUACAGUAGUCUGGUGCAGUGUUUGGAGGCGGAGCUUGAACUGGUCGGUUUCGUACGUUCAGACUCAGCAGAAUGUCUUUUUUUCCGCUUAUGCCUUAUUGGGUCUGGUCGAGUGCAGCAGUGUGUCGAGUAGGACCUGUGUCUCAUUUCUUUCUCUGACCACAAACAGCCACUUUCUGGUGCCAUGUAUCUUCUUUGCCUUUCCUCUGAUCUCUCGGAUAGAUGUUCUCCUGCUGAGGAGUUAACGCCCGGUGUCAGCGCGCCACACAUUCAACUGCCUGUCUUUGUUCCAGAUCGCCACUUGUGCACUUUGUGUGUGUGUGUGUGUGAGCAUGUUUGGAGGGUGGGUAAAUAUAGCCUCUGUGAGAGGCUAAAAAGAGUAGAAGAGGCGAUAGAUAUUUAGAAGUGAGGGGAGGCUGGUGGGGGGCUCCCAGGGUAUUCAUAAACGUUACAGUGGAAUCGCUAUUGAUGUUUAAGCACAGAGGGAAUAUUACAGGUUCUGAACCGCUUAAACUGCAGGUUUGGUGUUCAGUUUUCAUUCAGACUUCUUAUUCAGUAGGCCUGAAUACUACAGGGCCUGUACAAGUGUUGAUUUUAUUCAAUUCAUUUAAUGCAAUCAUGCUCAAAAUAAUUUGAUUUGGCCCUAAUAAAGAUGAAAAACGGGUUUCUACAAAGUAAUGUCAAUUAAAUAAAACUCUUAUAUGCAUAUAUAUAUAUAUAUAUAUAUAUAUAUAUAUAUAGUGUAAAAUAUAUGAUAUUGGUUCAUACAGUAAAUAUUUAUCCCCUUUAUAGUGAGGGAGCUAAUGCUCAUAUUCUCACAUUCUGUAAAAAGGAGAUCAGCUGAGUUCAGUGAAUGUCUCUGAGGUGAUUGUAAUAUAAAGAUGCACCAUGAAGAUAAAAUAACUCUCCACACAUCUCAGAGAAACACUUAUUAAUGGUGUAAAUCAGAGGAUUGAUACCAAAAAAAAGAUUAAUAUUUAUGCAAUCAUUUACUUAAAAUUAUAUAUUUGCAUUGAAUUGGCAUUACUUUGUUGAAAUCUGUUUUCAUUUUUACAUUGAUAUUUUCUUAGAAAAAAGGCUAAAUAAUAUUAAUUAUGACAAGUUUCUAUUUAUAAAGGUAAUAAAAUGUAUGAAAUGUACAAGUUACUGCAAAAGCCAUAGACCACCCUUUGUUUCUUCAUCUCCAGUAUAAACAAGUACCAUUUUAAUUUUUUUUCAAGACACAAUUAUUAAGAUUUUUUGGCACUUCCAAACUUCAGUCAUACAAAUCAGAGCCUUUUCUACUUCUCACCCUUCAGGUCCUCCAAAACACAUUCAGUGAAGUUGAGGUCUGGAUUCUGGGGUGGUCAUUUCAUUGUCUAUUGUUGAAAUUUGCAGCAUCUUCUAGGUUUGCUUUUUUUCAGGGAGUUUUCUUGAUUAGCUCUGUUCAGAUCUACAGCUUUAAGGAUUCUCCUCGCAGUGAAAGGAUGAUCACGAACACCUGUGGAUGUUUGCGAAUCUGAAGCGAUCUCAAUACUCAAAACUUUAAGUACUGUUUAUCCAAUGGUGCAGCUUUGAUGGUCUAUCUGGUCUAUCUUUUAUUUACAACUGAUUUUUACACUUAUUUUUCUUUUUCCUUCUUUAUGUAAGUGGAUUUUUUUUACAUUGAAUCUCCUGUGGAAAAAAAGAUGUGUAAAAUGAGCAGGUACAGUAUUUUAAUGGCUGUUUUGAUCAGACAUUAAUUCAGUGAAGGUUGGUCUCUGAUUUUUGUAGAUUAUUUUUUGGGGAAGCUACUAAAAAAUUUGCUAUGAGGAAUUGAAUUCCAGUAAUUACAGAUUAUUCCGUAAUUGAGUGUUUCUGCAAUUAUGGGCAGUUUGAUGUCCUGAAAGUGAUUUUAUUUGGAUGGUUGUUCACAUUUUUAGCAUGACACACAAAAUAAGAACACUGUACUGUUUUGAAUGCUGUUCAUGAGGCUGCGUGAAAUCUUUACAUAAGAUUGAGAUUAAUGAUUGACACAGACUUAAAUGAAGACGUUGAUAUUCUUACACUGGAGUCACGAAGCCUUAUGAACAGUGAAGUGUCACCAAAAUAAUUUACUUAGUGUCAUGGCACAUGUUCACCCAUAAAAUGGUUGCUAAAUUAAGUUACUGUAUUUUGGGUCAAAAUACCAGUUUUAUUCAUGUCCUACAGCUGUACUUUCAGUCUACAGAUGCAUAAAAGAAGAUCCUGAGCUUCAAAUAUGACACCUUUUCAAUUGAAACUGCAUUGUAUAAAUGUUAAAUCAAAAUAUAUUUAAAUAAAUAUUGUUGUUGAUCA